AUGGUCUCUCUAGAAGUGGAGGCAGAGACGUCCGUGAACGCUUUGAGGCAGCGUGCCCAGAGUUCUCUGGGAGUGGGGAACGGAAGGCUACUGAACUCCUCUGGGCGGGUCCUGCCCGGAACAGCAACCAUCGCAGAAGCAAGGCUGCAGAGCGGUGAUGUGCUGACCCUGCGCAUUACGCAGGUCCUCGUCGCAGCAUCCAAGAAGCUGGUAUUUGUACAUGGAGCUGCCUUUGCAAAAAUCUUGGGCGAUGGAUCCGUGGAGACCUGGGGCGAUUCCGAGUGUGGUGGCGACAGCAGUGCGGUGCAGGAUCGGCUGAAGGAUGUGCAGCAAAUACAAGCCUCUGGGCAUGCCUUCGCUGCAAUCUUGGAAAAUGGGUCUGUCGUGACCUGGGGCGAUGCUUCUUGCGGUGGCUACUUCAGCUCUUCUCGGGAUCCGCUACAGGAUGUGCGGGAAAUCCAAGCGUCUCAGAAAGCCUUCGCGGCGAUCCUGUGGAAUGGAUCCGUGGUGACUUGGGGGGACUCCAAGCAUGGCGGCGACAGCCGGGUCGUUCAGGACGAGUUGAAAGAUGUCCGGGCCAUCCAAUGCUCUUGCGCCGCCUUUGCUGCCGUCCUGGGGAUUGAUGCGGUUGGCCGUCAGCGCAGCGCCGGUUUCGGCCAGGGUAACGAUGAGCGAGAGCAGACGGUGAAUCAGCUCUUGACAGAGAUGGAUGGCUUCGAGGCCAACAAGGGAGUCGUGGUUAUUGCAGCAACGAACCGAGCCGACAUCCUCGACCAAGCCCUCGUCCGUCCUGGGCGGUUCGAUCGUCAGAUCCAGGUGGAUCCUCCUGAUGUUCAGGGGCGAUCUGAGAUCUUGAAGGUCCACGCGAAGGGCAAGAACCUGGCUGCCGGUGUUGACCUCACGGCCAUCGCAAGGCAGACCCCAGGCAUGUCCGGCGCAGACCUUGCAAACUUGCUGAACGAGGGCGCCAUCGUCGCUGCGCGCCAGAACAAGGCAGAAAUCGACUCCGACGAUAUCUUCAAUGCAUUGGAGCGCAUUUCUAUUGGCCUGGAGAAGAAAGACGCGGUCAUGUCCGAGCAGAAAAAGAAGCUCGUGGCGUAUCAUGAGGCCGGUCAUGCGAUCCUGGGCGCUCUGAUGAACGACUACGACGUCGUGGCCAAGAUCAGCAUCGUGCCUCGAGGCCCAGCCGGUGGCGUGACGAUCUUCAUGCCUUCCGAGGAUAGGCUGAACUCCGGCCUCUAUUCGAAGGAGUUCCUGGAGAAUCGCAUGUGCGUUGCGCUGGGUGGGCGUUUGGCCGAAGAGAUCAUCAACGGCAAGGACAACGUGACCACUGGCGCCUCCAACGACUUCCAGCAGUGCACGCAGGUCGCCAAGCAGAUGGUGAUGACCCUGGGUAUGUCGCCGGAGAUUGGCCAGCGUCUCCUGGGAGGUCAGCAGGGUGGUGGUCCCUUCAUGGGCCGUGACUUCAUGGGACAGGGGGCUCCUCCCAUGUCCCAGGCUCUGAAGCAGAAGGUGGACGCUGAGAUCAAGCGCAUCGUGGACGAGCAGUAUCAGCGUGGCAUGAAGCUCCUUCGGGACAACAUGUAUCUCCUCGAUGAGCUUGCCAAGCAACUCUUGGAGGAGGAGAAGGUCUCCGGCGACCAGCUGAUGAAACUGAUCAACAAAGCUGCUGCGGAAGGAAAGUUGGUCAUGGGCAACAGCAAGAUGGCCGUGGCUGCCUACACGGGCGAGGUGAUCGAGACCUCCACAUCGGAGGCGUCUCUGCCGCGAAAGUCUCAGUGCGUGCACCCAGACAAGCCCAUGAUGUUCGCCUGCGCCGACUGCCCGCGACGCGGCUUCUGCGGGUCGACUCGUGCUGCGCCCAGGGAUGGCAAGGCCGCGCGCAGCGCCGUGGCUCGGCUCGGUCUCGCCACGCCGGAGGCGGAGAGCCGCGAGUCCACCAGCGAGGAAGUGCUGCGCCGCCUCAAAGACAUGGCUGCCGAGGUCUCCCCCUCCGGUGCAGCUCUGCCUGAGAGCGUGGUGAAGCACGCCGCCGUGCAGGCCUUGGCCGUACUGGCUGCCUCGGCCGCGCCCUUGGCUGCCAAGGCGGACGACGUGCCCGCUCUCCAGUCCAUGGGAGCCCCGCAGAUGCAAAUGCAGCAGCCCGGAGGUGGAGGUGUUCAGCGCGUCUCGGGCCGGGUGACCUACUCCAGACUCCUUGAGUUCGUGGACGAGGGCUCCGUGAAGCGCGUGGACUUCUACGACCUCGGCCGCACGGCCGUGGCCACGGUGACGGUGGCCGGCCGAGAGCAGCAGCUGGUCUGUGACCUCCCGGGUGCUACCACAGGCCUCAUCGAGAAGCUCACUGCUAAAGGUAUCUCUAUUGAGGUGCACCAGCCAGAGAAGCCAAACCCCAUCUUCAACGUCUUGGGCGAUGUCGCCUUCCCUUUGCUUCUGAUUGCCGGACUCCUCUUUCUUCGCUCCCGGGCCCCCGGCGGUGGUGGCAUUCCCGGCUUCGGCAAUCAGGGCCAGGCGAAGAUCAUGAUCACUCCAGAGACCGGCGUGAAGUUUGAAGAUGUCGCCGGAAUCGACGAGGCCAAGGAGGAGCUCAUGGAGAUCGUGGAUUUCCUGAAAGCGCCAGAGAGGUUCGUCAAGGUUGGCGCUAAGAUCCCUCGCGGCGUGCUGCUGACGGGCCCACCGGGCACCGGUAAGACGCUGAUGGCCAAGGCUUUGGCGGGUGAGUCCGGAGUGCCUUUCAUUCAGUCUUCUGCUUCAGAGUUCAUCGAACUCUUCGUCGGUGUGGGCGCCUCGCGAGUGCGCGACAUCUUUAAGCAGGCUAAGGAGAAGGCGCCCUGCAUCGUCUUCAUCGAUGAGAUUGAUGCCAUUGGAAGACAGCGUGGUGCCGGCAUGGGCGGCGGCAAUGACGAGCGAGAGCAGACGCUGAAUCAGAUCCUCACGGAGAUGGACGGCUUUGAAGGCAACAGCGGCGUGAUUGUCGUCGCGGCCACCAACAGGUCGGACAUCCUCGACAACGCCUUGCUGCGUCCCGGACGCUUCGACCGCCGGGUGCAGGUCGGCCUGCCAGAUGUCAAGGGACGCGCCCAGAUCUUGGAGGUCCACGUCAAGAACAAGAAGUUGGAUGGAGAGAUCACGCUGAUGGACAUUGCCAAGCGCACUGCAGGAUUCUCCGGCGCUGAUCUCGAGAACCUCAUGAACGAGUCCGCCAUCCUGGCUGCUCGCCGCAACAAGAAGGCCAUCAGCAUGGAUGAAAUCAACGAUGCCACGGAUCGGGUCAUCGCCGGAUUGGAGGGCCGCGCCUUGCAGGACAACGCAGCGAAGAAGCUCAUCGCUUACCACGAAGCAGGGCAUGCGAUCGUCGGCACGCUGCUGCCGUACCAUGACCCUGUCAACAAGGUGACCCUGAUCCCUCGCGGGCAGGCAAAAGGUCUCACGUGGUUCACGCCCGGAGAGGACCAGAGCCUCAUCUCGGCCGCCAUGCUCAAGGCGCGCAUCGCGGGAGCCCUCGGCGGUCGCGCGGCGGAGCAGCUGGUCUUUGGCACGAGCCAGGUCACGACAGGCGCUGGCGGCGAUCUCCAACAG